UUGAAACGACGACGAAUGGUAGCCACUGAUAUCAGUUCAGUGAACUUUCCAGCUUUCCGUGAGCAGCUGCAAACCAUUUCUUCAUUUCUUCUGAUGACUUUAGUUUACAAAAAUCUUCUUUCCAAAAGUAUAUUGUUUCCCAAUUCUUCAAAUAUUUCUUGCUGGAGAAAACCAAUUUUAGAAAGAGGAGCUGGAAAAAGACUGCAAAUUGUGAAUUCCCAAAAUAAGAAGAAAUGUUUGAGGUGCAAUACUCUUUAUCAAGACAAAGAUAAUUCCCCUAUUGCCUGCUCUUUCCACGGCCACACUAAUGGAGAGAAAGGACUAUUUUCUCUGGCUCCGCCUCACCAAGGAAUCGAUGGAGAAUGGAGCGAUGGAUCUGGAGUAAUCGUCUAUAAGUGGAACGACAAGGAUAAGAGGCCAAAUACUGGAAGAAAAAACUGGAAAAAGAGAUGGAGCUGUUGUUCUGAGUAUGAUGAAAAUGCUCCACCUUGUAGGCAAGGAUGGCAUGUCUCAUAUGAUGAUGGUUUCACAUUAUACUAGUCAUAUGUGAUCACUUCUAAUUUAGCUAUAUUAUAUGUUCAAUUGGCCUUAUUUAGCCGAGGGUCUAUCGGAAACAGUUUCUCUGCCCUUUUAGAGUAAGGGUAAGGCUGCGUACAUCCUACCCUCCCCAAACCCCACUUGUAAGAUUACACUGGGUUGUUGUUGUUAUAUGUUCAAUUGCCCGGGGAAUGCGAUGACAUACAUAAAAUCUUGUACAAAUAACUCAAAAUAGCAAUAAGAGACACAUUUACUUUGA